CUCGUCAAAAUAAGGUUAGUCAAAAGAAUCUGUCAAAACGCCAUCUGUAUACUGCACGACGAUGCGUCGAGAGGAGUACUUCUGCUGCGGACGAAAUUAGUCGUGUGGGAUAUCGCGCUGCCUUAUUCCUUAAAGCAAACAAAAAAAUUAUGAUGGCAAGCAAAGUUUGGAAGGUGGUCCAGCCGCACGUGCCGAUGAUCAAGUUUCGGAAGGGCGGCAUUAAUCACGCAGUUGCGGGCACGACGGCCGCUCCAUCUGCGAGAUCGUCAGGACCGUCUCAGACGCAGCAGAGCGCGGGUAAUGCUACGGGCCCUCGGGUGAUUGUUCUGCCGACGAUUGAAGACCUUCACCUGCCGCCGCGAUAUCAAAGACAGCCGAUAGAUGAAAAGGAAAUCGAAUAUAUUAAUCGUGGUGGGCCAGAAUGAGCUUGCAGCGCAAGUAUUUAGGAUCUUGUAAAUCUAUGCAAUAUCAUAACUUAUAUCAUAAAUGAAUUAACUGUGUUAUUGAUUGGUAAGACGCAAUGCGCCGUGUUCAAAUAAAUAAACGUGACGGGAGAGAUUCCGCGCUGCGAA